UCAAAACGAGAAUGUAUAUCUCGAGACAGCUUUUUCUUGCUGCAGUAAGUCAUAACUUUUUUUUUCGGUUGUAAUAUUUUAUAUUAUAGAAUCGUUAGUAACUGAUUUCAAUGGCAGAUCAUGAGAAUAUCUAUGACGAUGAGGAACUGGUUUCCACAAAUCCAAACCAGCGAAAUUGGCGUGGUAUACUUAUUGCUCUAUUGGUAAUAAUUGCUGUCUUAGCCUUGAUAGUAACCUCUGUUGCACUAUUAACACCUCCAGAAGAAGGACCACGUAUAAAAGGAUUACGCAUAAGCUUAUCAAACGUACUGUAUGGAGAGCUUGCACCGUUAUUAUUCAAUGGAUCUUGGGUCAGUAACAAACACAUUUGCUAUCGUGACUCAGAAGGAGGUAUUUCACUUCUUGAUAUCUCCGAUUCAAAUAGUACAGCACAAACAAUAAUGCCUAAGGAAAUAUUUAGCCUAAACUAUAGCAAAAUAAAGGUGGUUCAAGAAAGAAAAUUUGCUUUACCACCAUACGCUACCAUAAUUGCUGGAGUAGCACUUCGCAAUAUUAGCAUAAAAUGA